AAUCAACCCAUCACAAUGAGCAAAGACUCCUCCCCAACACACAUCCACAUGCACCACCCUCGUCUGGCAGACUACUUUGAAGACUUUACGCGUCCACACACCUCUCACACGGCAUCUCUCACCUCUUCCUCCUCAUCGCACUUCUACCACAACCACACCGUCACAUACGGAUCCUCUUCUCCGACUCUCGUUCCCUCCUUCCUGCCGAUCGAGGACAUCUACAUUCCCCCGCAGUACCAGCCACCCAACCCGGAGGACGAAGACGACGUGGUCCCCGACCAGCAUGCGGCGUUUGGGAUCACGAGGGCUAUGGAGAGACGACGCGAGACGGUCUGGCGGGAUCUGGGGCUUGAGGGGUUAGUGAGUUCCGGUGGGCUUGCGCAGACAGAUACCCCGGUGAAAAAGGUUUCGGAUGCGGGGAAAUUAAUGGGUGGGAAGAGGCAAAGGCCGGUUUGUUUACGGUGAUAAUUGGGUUUCUUUAUGUUUUUUUUUUUUUACGGAGAAUUGGGUUGUAUUAUUAUGUAUAUAUAUAUAUAUAUACCCCGGAUU